CUUGCAGGAUAAUCUCCCGAGACUUCUAUCGAGGCGGCCUUCGGAGUUACAUGUGGGCUUAGCUUUUUGGGUUAUGAAAUAUUUUGGCACUUGCCUUCCACGCUGACUUCAUCUUGAUGGGGCGAUUCGGUCACCAUGAGACGCGAUUGAUGCGCCGAAACAACUGACUUGCCCACGAAUGGAACAGCCCGGCACCCUUGAGUAUACCUAGACAGACAGAUCCUACUUGUUGAAAAUGAUGCUUCCCUGUGGGCCUUUCCCAGGAGUCGCUGCGCCGUUCGAGCGGGAAACGCCAUCAUCGUGCGCUAUGGAAGCAGACUGGGACGAAGUCUCCCAAGUCGCUGUUCCUCCCCCGGGGCCGCAUCUUUUGCCUACUGUCGCAUCCACCGUCGCCUUCGACGAUUCGCAAGAGCUGCUUUGGGUGGGGAACGAGUUUGGCCGCGUAUCGUCAUUUUAUGGCCCCGAGCUGCAAAGAUACACGUCGGUCAAGGCCCAUGCCUCCUCCGAAGGCCAAGUCCGGCAAUUCCUUUUCCACGACAAGGGCGUGAUAUCCCUAUCGGCAAAUAGUGUCCAUCUGGCUUCGCGCUGCGGGCUGACACAAUGGCAUAUUUCGCAUCCGGAAAUGACCGAGCUCAGGUGCAUGAGCUUUACGGCGCAGCCGCAUAAGAUCAUUGUUGCGGGCUUACAGUCCGCCAUGUUCAUCAUCGACGUUGAGAAAGGAGCCAUUGUGGAUCAGUUAUCAACGGAGUACCGCUAUACGAUCAUGAAGAGAAGCCGAUACCUAUGCGCUGCUACCGAUACCGGCUCCGUUAAUGUACUGAGCCUGACCGAUUUUUCCGUCGUGAAAAGUUGGAAAGCCCAUGGAGCUGUGAUAAACGAUAUGGAUGCUCGGAACGACUUCCUCGUUACUUGCGGCUUUUCCGUUCGCCACGCUGGAUCACCGAUAGUUGACCCUCUUGCCAACGUUUAUGAUUUGAAAUCGCUCAUUCCCUUACCACCUAUACCGUUUCACGCGGGUGCGGCCUUCGUUCGCAUGCAUCCGAGAUUACAAACUACCAGUUUUAUCGCGUCACAGACUGGCCAGCUGCAGGUCGUUGAUCUCAUGAAUCCAAAUACAAUCAACCUUCGACAAGCCAAUGUCGCGUUCAUGUUAGGGCUAGAGGUAUCACCCUCCGGAGAGGCACUAGCUAUCAACGAUGCUGAAUGCUCUAUCCAUCUCUGGGGCUCCCCAUCAAAAAUCCACUUUAAUGAAAUCGGUAAAGAAACCGAAUUCUCAGAUAUACCUACACGACCCUCUAUGCUCGAUUGGUCUAACGAUACACCUCUUAACGUGAUCGGAAUGCCAUACUAUCAUGAACGUCUCCUCUCGGCGUGGCCCAGCCAUUUAAUUUUUGAAAUUGGGAAUGCCCCUGUCCCGAUGGACCCAGCUAUCCUUCCUUACCUCCGUCCGAGCGAAAUCGGUCAAUAUGCGCAGAAUCCACGAAAGAAACGUAGGUAUCAGGUGGAAAACACUCGCUUGCAGUCGUCAACGGAGGUUGCUUUAGCAGCGCCGAAAUUUUUAAGCGAAAAGGCUAGAGAGCUUCCAAACUCUAAGCCCGAGGGCGCACAAGAAGCCGUCGGGGCUCUGCAGGGACUAAAAAUCAACGGAGAAACAAAAGAGGACCCUCUCUUAAAAUACAGCAAUGUCGAAAUCAAGUAUAGUAAAUUCGGAGUUGAUGAUUUUGAUUUCAGAUAUUACAACAAAACCGAAUUUUCGGGUCUCGAAACACAUAUCGCUAACUCAUUCACGAAUUCCUUGCUCCAGCUCCUUAAAUUUAUACCCUUGGUUAGGAAUCUCGCCCUCCACCAUGUCUCGACCAACUGCCUUUGUGAAAGCUGUCUCCUGUGCGAAAUGGGGUUCCUUUUUGACAUGCUUGACAAGGCAAAUGGACAAAAUUGCCAAGCUACGAACCUUCUGAAGACCUUCAGUGGUUUCAGAGAAGCUGCGAACUUGGGCUUACUCGAAGAGAGCCUGAGCAAUAAAUCUUUGUCAUCGGCAAUUCAAUCAGUCCAUCGAUUUUUUUUAAAUCAGAUAGCACACGACUACCGGACGGUAUAUCCAAACUCGGAUUCUUUGGACAACACUCUAAGUACGGCUGCUGUUGAGUCCAUAUGUUGCAUGUUCUGUCGCAACGAGAUUGUCCGGCCUGGCAAUGCUUUUGUGACAGAGCUAAUCUAUCCAGCGGCCGACCCGAAGCAAGCACACCGCAAUCAGGCUUGUCGAUUUUCAAACAUUCUCCGGUCAAGCAUCGAACGCGAAACUCAAAAUCGAGGUUGGUGCAGUACUUGUCGCAGAUACCAGCAGGUGUCCAUCCGAAAAACUGUUCAACGCAUGCCGUUGGUUUUGAUGUUAAAUGCAGCAAUCAACAACUCGGCGCAUCGCCGCUUUUGGUCAAUUCCCGGCUGGCUACCGGAGAAAAUUGGAGUCAUGAUUGAAGAUAACCAAAUUCAAUGCUAUGAAGGCGAGCAGCUGCGAAUUCGGCAACAAAAUAAUUUUGAGGGUUUGGUGGUCUAUGAGCUAGUGGGCAUAGUCGCAGAGAUUGAUAUCGUGGAGCAAAAGAAGCCACAUUUAGUCUCUUUCGUCGAUGUUUCCAUCUCCGCACGAGAGCCAACAAAGAAGAGCAAUUGGCAUCUCUUCAACGAUUUCUUGGUUACCGGUGUUAGCAAGGAAGAAGUGUUUUCAUUCAAUCAGGGAUGGAAAUCUCCGUGCACUCUUGCUUAUCAAAUAUCGACUGGUCGGCAUGGAUUAGACGAUAGCUGGAAAAAUGAGUUGGAUACGACUCUUUUGUUUUACGAAUGGUCUAUGAACAAUCGUCCACCAACCGACAAAUGCCACAUCCUCAAGUCAGAAGAAAAGCCUAUUGCGGGCACUCCGAUCGCUCUCGACACGGAAUUCGUAGACCUCGAGAAAGCAGAGAUCGAAGUCAAAGCCGAUGGAACCCAGGAAAUGAUCCGGCCCAGCAAGAGCGGACUUGCUCGAGUAUCUGUGAUUCGCGGUUCCGGCAACGAUGAAGGCGUCCCGUUUAUUGAUGAUUACAUUACAAUCAAGGAUCCAAUCGUCGAUUAUGUAACUCAGUACUCUGGCAUCAAGCCAGGAGAUCUCGACCCACGGACGAGUCGUCACAACCUCGUCGCACUGAAAGUAGCUUAUAAGAAGCUGUGGCUCCUUUUAAACCUGGGCUGCGUCUUCGUCGGCCAUGGAUUGGCAUCCGACUUUAGAAAGAUCAACAUACAAGUUCCGAAAGCCCAGACCAUAGACACCCAGUACCUGUUCUUCCACCCAGGGAAGAAUCGGCGGCUGAGUCUACGAUAUCUUGCCUGGGCGGUAUUCAAAGAAUACAUCCAAGAAGAAACAACCACAACAACCUCGACAUCAAUCACUACCACAACCAAUCCCAACAUCCACGACGCUAAUACAAGUACUACAACAACCACAGCCAUAACUACGACACCUCCAGAAGGCCACGACUCCAUUGAAGAUGCUCGUAUGGCCCUCCGCCUCUGGAAAAAAUUCAAAGAAUACGAGGAUGCAGGUAUAGUAAACCAAAUCCUCGAAGAAAUAUUCCGCGAAGGAGUCAAAGUCGGAUUCCGCCCCCCGGCCAGAUAUCCUUCCCAAGCCACGCCUAACCCAAACAAUAACAAUAUCAACAACGGCGUGAAUCCAAAUGGACUAUCCACCCCUGGUUCCACAAAUCCUAUCUCUCGUCUUCCUCUUAGCGGGAGGAAUACGCCAGAUUUUAUUCUUCCGGCAUCCGCAUCCGCCGCUGCGUCAGUUACUGGCGGUCCCGCCGGGGGUGGAAGUUCGAAUGGGAGUAUGAGUGGAAGCACACCGUCGACCCCGCGGCAAGCGUUUAGGAGAUCCACAGCCCUAACACCGAGUAAUGGGAGUUUUGGUGGUGCGAAGGGCCUAACGUUCGGUGGGAGUCCCAUGCGUUAGCCAAGGAACACCUAGAAAACAUUGUUCCGAGGAGAUUACACUCAUUUGAAGUACGUCUCAGUUGUGAUAUGUACGGACUCAUCAGUUCCAGUAUGUCGGGGUGAUUCUUGAGAUAUCCUGUUUCCAAGUACGUUGAAUCGUUGAUUUCAAAGGUAUAUGUGUGGAAUGGGUGGAGUCUUGGGGAAAGGAAUGACAUGCAGCAGAAGAACUACGAACAGUGAAGAAGUAGUAAAUUACGCAAAAAUUCAAAAAUUUGUUCAUUUUAAA